AUGCCUGAGCUACUAGAAGAGGAUGCGCAGCCUCUCUUUGGUUUCACGGAGGACUAUUUCUCGGACAACAUAACAGAUGAAGAUGCUUCGGCCCGCGGCUCAGCUAAAUACUGGAAAAGACACGAGAAAAUAGCAACUGCUGCAAAGAAGGUAGUUAGAAAAGAAAUAAUAAUGGCCAUAGAAGAGAAACGACGAACCAAGAGACCUCUGAGAAAGGCUUUCAAGAGAGAUUGCGAACAAUUUAGAAAGAAAGAGAGACAGGGUCGAGAGGAAGCCACCGUGCCCCCCCUUGCGGAGAUCGAUACCGAAGGAUUUGCAGGUUUAACUGUGUCACUUAAGUCAAGGUGCCAAGCGCAUCGUCUAGCUACUGACGCGUGGCAAGACGAAAGCCUUGAUGUUUUGGCACUGUGGACUGAUGGUUCAGUUAAUGCUUUCGAUGGUGGUGCUGCAGUUGUCUUCAUGGAUAAGUCUUUGGGGUGGGAACAGGCUAUCCCGAGGGAAAUAGGCUGGCAAGUGAAAGGACACCACGGCCGUACGGGGGAUGUCGAACUCAUGGCCAUCGCUGGGGCCCUUGAAACAGCCAUAUUCAUUGUUUCGCAGCAAUCGAAUUCUCGUAUACGCAGAGUUGCCAUAUUCUCUGACUCGGGAGCCGAGGCUAUUCCGCGGUGUUCAGAGAUUCGGCACUUCCCAAUACCACCCCUCGACUCGUUAGUCCGACGACGGUCUCAAGAGUUGGUGCAAUUAGGAGUAGCUUUAUCUCUCAAUUGGGUUCCGGGCCAUAGUGGUAUUGAGGGAAACCACCGAGCCCAUAGUAUCGCUCACCGUAUGGCGAGGCUCGAUCGUCAGGAAUUGUGCCAAAGUAUCGUGUCUAUACCUCGAUCUACGGAUGAUGUUGUGGAUUUUGGCUUUCACCAUGAAUAA